GACCACCAACACAUAAUUCAAAUAAAUAACAACAAAAUGAGCAGCGACAACAGCAAGAAUAACAACAACUAGAACGACAGAGCCAAUGGCCAGCACAGCAGGUCCACAUUAUUAUUAUGGUCAGUCUAAAAAUAUAGCGCCCAACGUGAGCAACGUGAACAACGUCGAGCGCGUUGCGAUCGCAGCCGGGAUCCCAGUGAUAUAGUGAAUUUAUUAGAUAUAUCGUAUAAUCGGGAAUAGGACGGGACAGGUGUGAACUAAGUUAGUUAGAAUGCCACCAAAGCGACCGCCGCCGCUGGUGCCGAAGAAGCCCAAUCCCAGCAUGAAUUACGAGGUGUUAAUCUACUUGAAUAGCUUCUACUUUGGCAUGUUCGCCUGCUGCGAAAUGGCCAUGGGACUGCUGAAGGCUAUUAAUCUGAGCUAUACGGGGCAUACGCUCGCCCAGGACUCGACGGUGAUGAUAAGCUUCAUAGUGCUGGAGACGCUCCGUCUAAUAAUGGGGCGCAAGGGGACGCUGGCCGAGCGAGGCUGGACUGCCAUAAUGUCGGUCUUUCUGACUGUUCCGUGCUUUCUGGGCGUCUCGUAUCUGCUGCUGCUGCAGACCUACAGGCUGCGUCUGGAAUACUGCCUUUGUACACUGCAGAUCGCGCUCUAUCUGACCGAGGUGUGGUACGCCAUAGUCUUCGUUUUCUCACUGUGUCGUCCAGUAACUUAUGAUUAGUAACAUACAAGCAACAGUAGUGAGUGGGAGGAGACAUUUACAAUGUACGACGGGUACUUGACAAAAUAAUAGAGAUAAUAGCAAUAUACAAACAGAUAAAUUGUGUAAUCUGAGAUCUGAGAUGAAAUGAGAUGGUCCCCAAAACCAACAUAUAUACAUAUACAUACAUAUAUAACAUGUAGCAUAUAGUAUAUACACAUAUAUAUGCAUCUCUACUUGUGUAUAGUAAGGUUUAUGAUAGCAUACACAUGUAUAUAUAAAUAUAUAUAGACAUGUAUUUAAAACGGUUUUAUAUAUAUGAGAAUAAUUGUUAAAAUUUAAGCAUCAAUUGGAACCAAUACAACAAGACCGACAAGCCGAAAAGCUAAAACUUGAAUGAUUUUCACAUUUGUAUAACAAUUUUUUUGUAUACAUUAAAACUAUACACCUCUUAUGCACCCAGAAGAAUUCAAUCUUUUUGUGUGAAAAUUAGAAAAACAAAAACAAAUGUCUCGAGCCCUUGAAUACAUUAAUAAGUACACAAUUGUAAUAACAAAAUUCCCAAAGAUAAUAUGUUGUUUGAUAGUUAAAAAGAAAACAAAAGCAAAAUUGUAAAUUCUACAAAUUAGUUUAUCUCGCAGUUUAAAAGAAUUUUAAAACCAAUCUAAAACCAGGAAUACAGAGAAACUAAAACUGGCCCACGAAAAAGUCUAAAGGCAAUGUGUGUACUUUAAAGAAAUACUUUAUAUAAAUCUAGACUAAACUAUAUAGUGUAUCUAAGCCGUUCAAGAAGCCAUAAAAUCAAUGUAUAAGUAGAUGAGAUUUGAAUCUUAGAUGACGAUGAAGAUACUUAACACAUAUACAUGUUUCUCCACCCCACCCCCCGGCAUUCAAUCAGUCUCAUUGCAUUUCAUUAAACUCCGCACACCAAAUGCUAGUCAAACCAUUUCUCAAGAUCGUUGAGUCUCCUAUGUGGUUCCUUCUCGAUUAUCCCCCUCUAGUCAAAUAACAAUCUCAAGCAAACAAUUAGUGCAGUGCGAACCCAUUAGAAAAGAAGAGUAAACACCUAAAAUUAAUAAGACACAUAACAUUAAAGAGUCCUAUGUUUGCCACCUUAAUUGUAAAAUAUUUAAAUAUACAUAUACAUAUAUAUAAUUUCUGUUGGGAUGCAAAAUGUUAAAAAAAAAAAACCAUUUUUAAAAGUCGAUAAUUGAACAACCAAAGAAUGUAACACAAUUUAGUUAUAAC